CUUAAUUUAGUUCUCAAAAAUUAGCAUUUAAAUAAGAACAUAUCAUUUGCAAAAACUGUUGCAAUCAUUUCAGUUCUUUGGAAUAUAUACCCAAAGAAAAUAAAAAAAGUGUUACAUAUCAAAGGUCAGCCGAAAAGUGACUAGAUCUUCUUAAAAAAAACAGACUGACUGAAGUGGCAUGGACUAAGUUAAACUCCAAUACAAUUAGACAGAGAUAAUUGGAGUUUGUGAGGACUGAAUACUGCUACUUAGAAUCAAGAACACUUAAAGUAACAGUCAAGAACUUGAAUCAGACAUUAAGGAGAACAUCUAACAAACUUCAAAAAAGGAAUAUAAGUGAAAACCAGACUGUUCAACUUAUCUAUGAUUCUACAAACAAUCAAAAACUUCAAUGGUACAAAAAGGAAGGAUUUAAAACAAAAACAAACCUUCAUUGUACAUAAAGAAAACUAAGGGAUUAUGGAUCCAAAAGAAAGAAACGCCUUGGACAAGUGUUUUCAAGGUUUCCUGCGAGAUUUGGACCCAUCUGUGUCAUUUGUUCACUCGCUGUACGCUGACAGGGUUAUUACUGAAGCCCAAGCCGAGCAGAUUAACAGCAAUGCCCUACGAGAAACCAAAGUCACCCUUCUUAUGAAAUUCCUCCCGCAACGCGGGUCCUAAUGCCUACAGAAUGUUCAAGGCCACACUUGAAAAAGACUACAAAUGGCUUGCUGAUAAACUGGACAAAGAGUUAUCCAAUCUGCAGAGUGAUAAAAACAGUUUUCCAAAGAGAGUUUCCCAGAUUAUCAAAAUGCAACUGGAUCCACUUGUACACGGUUUUGGAGAAGGUACGACUUUUGAUGAGAAUUCUCCAGAUGAUAUUGCUAAGACUCUUGGUAAAACCUUGAGGACGCUGGAUGUAAGAUGUCACCAAGCUUUGAAUGAGCCGAUCAGAACACCAAGAAGACCUCUCCAUGUAAUGAUAAAAGGCAAGAUGAUUCAAGCUGAACACCUUAAGGUCCAACCAACACCAAGAGGCGACAACCACACCAAAGAACAGGACAAUCUUAAAACUAAAAACAGAGAACUUAAGAAACAAGUGCAAGAGCUGGCUAAAGUCAAAACUGAAAAUGAGAAACUUGCAGAUAGAGUUAAGAAACAGAGAGAACGGUUGCAGGAGUGCAGUAAGGCGACAAGAGAGACAAAGAAACUCCAGGAGGAGCUGGAGAGAUGCAAGAGAGAGAAUGAACAGCUGAAAGGCAAGGUGGACACGCUGCAGGAACAGUUUUAUACAUGAUUAGAGCUGAACGUUUAUAAAAACCAUUGACUUAACCAAGUAUUUCUGCAGCUAAAGGACAAAGUCGACACACUCCUGAAGCAGUUUUAAUCAUUAGAGCUGAAAAUUAUGAAUAAACAUUUCGGCAGUUCGAGGGCAAAGUGGACAACUGAGAGUGUAUUAUAUGUGAGACAAUAGUUGAAUACAAGCCACAGACACAAGUGGUCACACUUGAAGGAACAGUUCAACAAUUAGUUGAGGAACAGAGACUCUCAGUGAAAACACUGCAGAAGCAGUUCUACACUUGAAUGAAGCUGAAAUACAAACAACAGAUACAUUAAAGUGAACACAUGGUACUAUGCCAAGACAGUUUACUCAAAUUAACAAAAGUGUACCAAAUUCAUAAGCCUUUGUUCAAACUAACAACAUCAAGAGAGCACUAAAUUUGAAUGCGUAAUUAUAUUUGAGGACAAUAAGGCUUUCCUUACAGGAACAACCAGAGGGUACCAAAAAGGACCAGUUUAAGUAUACAUCACACUUUUAGCGCAGAUGUUGAAUAUAAGUGGUGCACUGACAACAAUUAUUGUCAUCUCUUCUUCAGUUCUAUGAAGAAUACUACCAGAAAUAUUUACAGAACAAUUGAAGUGCAAUGAAUACUCAUGUAAGUAAUUAUUGUAUAAAGUUGUGAAAAUUAUGUUUAAUUUCUUUAAUGGCAGCAGCAUGUUGUUCAAUAUUACUCUGUACAUAAUUUGUAAGCUGAUUUAUAAAUGUUUUGAAUUAUGAUAUUC